GCAACAUCCAACAGAAAGAGUAGAACCCGGCCCAAUAAUGGAAUGACCGUGUCUCUCUAAAAUGGUAGAAUCAGGGUUUCAUUGAGUAGCUGUUCUACCUGCUACUCUGCUAAGGCGUGUUCAACAAUCGGCGGCGAAAAUGCCUUCCCACAAGACCUUCAGGAUCAAGAAGAAACUCGCCAAGAAGAUGAGGCAGAACAGGCCCAUCCCUUACUGGAUCCGCAUGAGAACCGACAAUACCAUCAGGUACAAUGCUAAGCGCAGGCACUGGCGCCGCACCAAGCUUGGAUUUUAAGGUCGAUGCCAACCUCCGACUCGAGAUUUUUGUUUUGGUUUUGGUUUUCUAGAAUGUCACGAGCGAUGUGGGAAGGUUGUAGCUUUGGUCAUGUUUCCAUAACCCUAUUUUAUUAUUCUAUUUUUUUGGCUAUUAAUGUGAAACUGUGAUGGUAGUUUUUAUUUUACUGCCUUUGAUUUUUAUUUUGCUUCCUUUUUCUUUCUAUUUUUAAAACGCAAUUUCAUUGGAAUGUUGAAUGGUGUUGUUCUCCACUGCUUGAUAGUUAGUUGGUUGCAGAGGUGACAUGUGAAAAAAUGUGCAUGAUUGUAUUUGUAUAAUGGAAAUUUAACUGCCAUCGUUGCACACA